CGCGGCUGGGGAGGCGGGCUUUGGCGCGUAGUGUGUGUGUGUGUGAGAGUGUGUGUGUGUGUGUGUUGGACGUGUGCUUGAGAGGAGGAGGACGGCUCCGACAAAAGGGACAUUAGCCAGGAUUGUGGACUCUUUUCCCCGGCGGAGGUGAGCCCCGAGCCGCGUCUUUGUCUGAGACAUGGCGGCCUUCUUCAUCGUCGUUGCCAUGAAGACGCCCGGCUGAACCUCGACGUCUCGUCACCUCCUCUCUCUCUCUCUCUCUCUCUCUCUGUGUCUCUCCUCCCCCACUUCACACCUCCCAUGCGCGGCAAGCAUCCGCAGCCGCCGCCGCUGAGGUUGACGGCGCCCUGGGAGAAAGAUGCCGUCUUCGGGCGGAAGCUCAAGCCCCCCCCGGCGCUGCGGAACCCCAGCAAGAUGAUCGCGCAGCCCGGCAUGGUGAUGAAGGUGCUGCGCCGGAAGCGGAUGGUGCUGUUCCUGGCCUACUUCCUGCUGCUGGUGCUGACCAUGCUCAACCUGGCCAACUACAAGUGGACCCGGGAGCCCCAGCCCUGCGGUCACCUGCAGGCCAGGAGCCCCGGCCGGCGCUCGGACCCGCGCCUCCUCUUCCGGCCCUCGCUGGCCAAGCGGCGCCAGCUCGUCUACGUGCUGACCACCUGGAGGUCGGGCUCCUCCUUCUUCGGGGAGCUCUUCAACCAGAACCCGGAGGUCUUCUUCCUGUACGAGCCCAUGUGGCACAUCUGGCAGAAGCUGUACCCGGGCGACGCCGUGUCCUUGCAGGGGGCGGCCAGGGACAUGCUGAGCGCCUUGUACCGCUGCGACAUGUCCGUCUUCCAGCUCUACAACAGCCCCGGGGGCAAGAACUUCACCUCGCUGGGGCUCUUCGGCGCCACCCUCAACAAGGUGGUGUGCUCCCACCCCAUGUGCUCGGCCUACCGGAAGGAGACGGUGGGCCUGGUGGACGACAAGGUGUGCAAGAAGUGCCCGCCCCUCAGCCUGCGCCUGCUGGAGGACCAGUGCCUGAGGUACGGCACGCUGGUCAUCAAGGGCGUGCGCAUCCUGGACGUCAACGUGCUGGCGCCGCUCAUGGAGGACCCCUCCCUGGACCUCAAGGUCAUCCACCUGGUGCGGGACCCCCGGGCGGUGGCCAACUCCCGCAUCAAGUCCAGGCACGGGCUCAUCCGGGAGAACCUGCAGGUGGUGCGCAGCCGGGACCCCAAGCUGCGCCGGAUCCCCUUCGUGGACCCGGGCCACAAGGCCAACAAGAAGGACGGCUCGGACUACCACUCCAUCGGCGCCAUGGAGGUCAUCUGCGACCGCGCCGCCCGGACUCUGAGGACCGCCCUCAACCCGCCCGGCUGGCUGAAGGGCAAGUACCUGGCCGUGCGCUACGAGGACCUGGUGGAGAACCCGGUCAAGACCCUGCGCCGGGUCUACCGCUUCGCCAACCUGACCAGCAACCCCGACAUGGAGUCCUUCGCCCUCAACAUGACCGGGGGGUCGGGCUCCUCCUCCAAGCCCUUCAUCGUCUCGUCCCGCAACGCCACCCAGGCCGCCAGCGCCUGGAGGACGCUGCUGAGCAUCCAGCAGAUCAAGCAGGUGGAGGACUACUGCCACCAGUCCAUGGCCCUGCUGGGCUACGAGCGGGUCCGGACCGCCGGCGAGGCCAAAGACCUCAGCAAGUCCCUGCUGACUCGCUCCAGACUGUGAGCGCCGCGCACGCCAUCUCGCUCCGGGAAUCUUUUCCACCCCGAGGACGGACUGGGAGGUCCGGGAGGAAGUGAUGUCAUCCUUUUAAAGAAGACAAUCAAUGAGGAAUGUUUCAUUUUGGGUUUUUUUUUAUUUUUCUUGUUGAUGUUUACAAGUUCUCACCAGUAAACACGCUCAGAGUCA